GCGCGAGGUUGCUCUUGAUAGCUCGAGCAGCUGCCAGGAAGCGGAACGAAUGAAGUUCAUUUUUCAUAGAUGGUGAUGGCGGAUGUUGUCGAAAUAGACAAUAUGAAGAAUUAUCACUUAGCGUACGAGAAGAUAGACCCAAACACAAGUCGAUAUCCAUACUGCAUUGUGUGGACGCCCAUCCCCGUGUUAUCAUGGCUGUUUCCAUUCAUUGGACAUAUGGGGAUCUGCACCUCUACAGGUGUGAUCCGAGACUUUGCUGGGCCAUACUUCGUUUCGGAAGACAAUAUGGCCUUUGGAAGACCAACAAAGUACUGGAUGCUGGAUGUAAGUAAAGUAUAUGCGAGUGGUUCCAAUGCCUGGGACACAGCAGUUCAUGAUGCUUCAGAAGAGUAUAAACACAGAAUGCACAACCUUUGUUGUGACAACUGUCACUCUCAUGUUGCUAUGGCGUUGAACUUGAUGCACUAUGACAACAGCACCUCAUGGAACAUGGUGAACCUUUGCUUGCUUGCUCUUAUCCAUGGCAAGCAUGUCAGUUGCGCUGGCUUUCUGAAGACCUGGCUGCCAUUCCUGAUACUAACCAGUGUGGUCGUGUCCUUGGCUCUCUAUGUGAACUUGCGGUGACCAAAGCGGGACGCAGGAAGGGACUACAGAGCCCUGCGUCCUGAUGGAGAUCCAGGUCUCCACUACAAAUGGGGACUCCAAUGACUGUCCGGACCAGUGGGGUAAAGUCAACCCUGUCCUGACUCUAAUGUAGAGGAGCCCAGUAUAGGAACCCUAAUGUUAAGCCUCUUUGUUGUAGGGUAAAGAGAGAAAACCUACAACAGGUUUGUCACAUGCUGAUGUAAGAAAUGCUACACUCAAAAGCUUGUCUUCCAAGAUACAGUUUUCAUGUUGCUUUUAAAAUCAGUGAUGCUGCAUUUUUGUUUGGUUGCAAAUUAAAUUAUUCUGUCCCAAAGGUAUUAAUGUAGGGAAUUUAAUGGAAAUCAUUUUAUCAGUCUCUGAUAUGUGUCUCUUCAAUGCACAUCCUCCUAAAGAAGAGACUGACAUAUGAUAUGAAUUUCGUGAUGAAAUCUGAUAUAGACAGUCAGGUUCUUUACAUUUUUUUCCCCUCCUUUAAGCGUUUGUCGUCUAUAGCUAAAACCUGGAUCUCUACCCAUUUUCCUUUUUAAAUUGGCAACAUGGUUGAUAAAAGCUUUAGUAUACAUUUUCUUCUUCUUACUGUGCUGCACAGCAGCAUGCUUUCAAGUACAUUAACACUUGUACAUUACUGUAAUUCUGUGUACUGAUUUGCCCUUUCAAUCUAACUAUUAAGUAAGUCUUUUGCAUUAUAUUUAACAUUGCAGUGGCAGCAUAAAGUUCCUUCUAUAUUAAGGGUAUGUUUUUUUUAAAGCCUUUUUUUCUUUUGUUUAUUUUGAUAAAGCCUAAAAAUGGAAACUAUUUCCUUUAAGAAUUAUUUUUUGAUACAUGUAUUAGAUGGAUCCAAGUACAUAUGCAGUACAUCUAAGAUUCUAUUUCCAUUGUAUCCGAGCAUUACUACUAAAACAGCGACGUCUUGUAACUUCUUUCAUAACUGUAUUGCACACCUGCAGGUGGUAUGUAUGUGGAAUGCUAGCGCAGAAUGUCUGUUGCUUCAGCGCUGUACCAAAAUACUUUCAUUUUUAAGUCUUUCUGUUGACUUGAAAUACAUGAAUGUUAGCUGAUGGCUACUCCUGUUUUUUCAUGAGAAUACAUCACCGAUGCAGCCGGCCACUGAAAUGAAAUUAGCCCUUCCCUUUGCAGGGAGAGUUUUUUCCAAAUACAAGCCAAAUCAGUUUCAUUGAGGCAACUUAAUGAAAAUUAAAUCUCUCAGUAAUGACUCAGCUACAUCUUUGUAACAUCUCAAAACGAAGGCUUGACUUUAUUGCUUAUAGUUCUGCAGCAACAUUGGUGGUGAAGCUUAAAGCCUGAUCAAAGAAGUACAUGAAGUGUCAUCACACCUUUGAUCCACAAGAUGAAAAUGAUUGAUUUGGGUUUUGAGUUUGGCCCCUUCCCCACUUUUAAUGCAGGAGAGUUGUUUCAGGGUCAGUGGUGCCACAAUAUCAAUGAAAGGAGUUCAAAGUUUUUAACACAGUACACACCUUGUUUACAAAGUGAUAACGUCCACAGUGAAUCCACAUUCAUUUGCAGUGAAUUCAGAACAUUAAUAAAUGUUAAACUUAACGGAUCCAGAUGUCAACCCGCACAAAUGAUGUUUUUAAUGAUUUUCUAACUAAUAAUUUUAUUUUGCGGUGAUUAGGUAUAAUUUCAGAAUUGAUUCCAACUCAUUUUUGGGUAUCUUCAAAUCAUUAAGAGUAAUAUAAAAUUAAGUUUGUGUCCCACUGAAGACUGAAGUCUUUCUAAAUGCAUCCACAUGGUGCUUGGAUGACCUAUGGUAAAAAUGUGCUCUGCAGUUCAUUCUGACCACGAUGUCAAGCCUUAUUGUUUCCCUUUACCCACUGUACAUAUUAACUUUGCAUUUAGUUUCAAAUACCAGUUGAACCCUGCUGUAAUCCUAGACCAUGGUCAGGACACCAAAUCCGUUACUAUGGUUCCUGUGUCUGAAUCAAAUCCCCCCAUUGUUUGGAAUCAAACAGAAAAGCCCUGAGCCCCCAUUCCUGCUCUCUUGCUCCUUUUCGCUUUCACUCCUUCUCCCUCUCACACUCCCUCACUCUUUGGAUGUGUUGCCAGGAACAGCAGGUAGCCAUGGGUCCUCAAGCUCUUCAGAGGCUCCUGUUAAAGACCCUGGAAUCUGCUUGAGUGUGUGAGGAGAGUGGCCCCUGCUGGUAUUGGCCAGAGCUUAUCAGAUUAGAAACACAUUGUGAUAUGUCAUUGACUCUCACUGAGAUUCUCACAUAUGGGCCUCUCGUUUUUCAGGCAUGAGCCAGCAGACCUUGAGCACUUUUGUUUGCACUGCUUUUCCCAGUCAAUGCAGUUCAAAGACUCUCAUUUUCAUUUUGAUAGGCCGGUUUUCGAAGGUUUUAUACUUUUAUAAGGUACUGGCAUAGACGGUGUAAUGUUUUAGGAAUGCAUGUUUAAAUUUAUUGAUUUUAAUGUGGUAAUAAUUGUAUGGCUGUUGUUGCAUUACUUCAGCCUUAGGUUCUUUGUCCCCUUUUUUUGUUGUGUCAGUACUAUACUGUUCAUGGCAUUAUGUCAGACUUUAUGGCAUAAUUCAUACUCUUUGUUUCUACUGAGUAUUAGAUGUCUUCAUUAUAUUUAGCUUGUAUGAUGUGCUCAUCAAUCAGACGGCUUGUACAGCCUGUGUGAUUUGGGUUACUCAUGUGGUUUGAGUGCAUGCACGGAUGUCUGCCUGCCUGCUAGCAUGUUCUUUGUGUACACCUUCACCCAUACACCUGUACGUUAGAGGGUAUGAGAGAGUGGUAGCGUGUAUGUCUACAUGUAGACAUCAUUAACUCUGGUACUAGAUUUUUUAGGUAUUUAACCUAUUUUCUGCAGGUUAUCACUAUUUAUAUGCAUAUUUUGAUAUUAAGAUAUCUAAAGAUUAUUUUUAAGGUUGUAUUUUACUGAUUGAGAAAUUAAAGUAGCACUAUAAAUAAAUGAUUAUGGUUUGCCUGCUUGAUAUGCAUUGUUGACCCAGUUGCCUGUGACAAAUGGCUGUUGAGGUUCAAUAGAUAAAUUAGUCUUUAUAAAGAGCAGAAUGUUUGUUCUCUCCCUUGCUUACCUCAAAUGUGCUAAAGUGGCUGCAAGAAACAUGCAGCAUGUAAGACACAGUGAAAAUGUUUAUUAGGGCCUCUCUGUUUUGAUUUGAACUAAUUCCUUAAUCUGUUAUCCCUGACUAUAUAAUAGAUUCAUCAUUCUGGAACAUGAGGUAUGCUAUACCCGUGGGCGUAGGUGUUGGGGUUAGCUCUCUUUACGACUACUGAAAAUAACCUAAGACCUAGUAAUGUCUUAUUUAAGAGGGAUUUGGUUUAUAUAAUACAUUGCCUUAGCAGUGUAUCCAGGAGGAAGUUUGUGGAAUGUGGAUACCUGUAGUUUAACCAAGUACUCUGAAUACAAAAUGCAUUGUUCUGUUAAGACCCAGUCAUGAAGAGGUAAAAAAAAAAAAAAAAAAAAAAAAAAAAAAAAA